AUGUCAUGGACACGUGCGCUGCAGGCAUACUUAACAUCACCGCCAAACCUCCGGCACCGUGAUGGCGCGAGUAUUUUUGUGCGCGUGGCACGCGCACACCUGUUAGGCCCACCGGGGCACGCGGUUCUUAAGCACAGCCUCGCUAUUCUGCGGCAGCUUCGAUGGGAAGUACUAAGGAAUGGCACACCCGAACAAAAGGCACAGACACUGGAAACCGUUUUGGCUUGUUACGCCAAUGCAAGCAGGGCAUACACAUAUGACCCUGUAAACUCCGAGUUGGAAAAUCACAUACUAGGGUUAGAGCAGUUGCAGUCUCUUGUGGAGGCGCGUCUGGCUGGCGUUCCCAUGCGACAGGCUCACUACCGGUUCCUCCUUCAAUCCCCGCAGCUGUCGCAACUUGGCCCAAACACACCGAUUUUCUUGCUACGAGAGAUGGAGAAAGCAGAGGGGAUACUGACGGAUGAUAUUCGUGUGGAUGUGAGCGUUGGGCUUGCCGCUGCCGGUCACUGGGAAGAAGCCCUUCAGCUCUCACCCCGCCACCGUUUCGAAGUGCUGAUUCGAAAGGUUGCCGCAUCACAACGCCAAGGAUGGCGUCGCGCGUGUGCUCUCGUAUCGCACAUUGAAAGCGAUCUUGUGACACGGGAUGAAAAUAUAUUGGUUGGCGUGACAGCAGUUCUUGCGCUUCUGUACACAGCCACACAUGGAGCAGCCAUAGUGAGACAGAUGGAACUUCUUAUAAAGAAGUAUAGUUGUCGCCACGGUGGGAAACUACCUCCGAGGCGCGCCAUCGAGAAUCUUCUUGCUUCUUGUCCCCCCGAUCAAUGGCGUGUGGCCACAUCAUUCGUGAUGAAUUACAAUAGUGAAGCAGAUGAUGCAGAUCGAAUCCACAUAGGAAAGCUUAUGACUCUAUUGAACGCGGCGUAUCAAUGGGAACAGGUGCUACAUCUUUAUCAAGCAACACAAUCCAUACCCACGCCCCACGAAGGUCAGCAAGCCACCAUCAACAAUUGUACACUUGCUGCGUUGGUGAACGGAAACCUGUGGCAGCAAGCAAUCCAAUUUUACAUAACGCGACCGGUGCAAAGCAUUCAGACACACAUGACGUGGUUAAAAAACGCAUUGUUUAAGAGCAAUAUUCCUUUCACUGCCACAUGGGUAAGCUGUGUUAAUGCCUACGAACAAAUUGCGAAGCCUGACCACCGCUAUGCGGAGGCUCUGGCGCAUCGUCUGGGGGCGAUGGGGGAGUGGAUCACGGCCCUAAACGUAGUGAAGGGCGCGUCGAAAAGGACACCUCAUCUUCUUCUUACGGCAAUCAGUGCGGCGGCAUUGGCUUCCAAUGAUGAAGCCUUAUGCCAAGCAGCGAAGGAACUUGGGGCGUCCCGCCAUGAAGUGUCUGCAAAGCAACUCUGCAUGGCAGCAGCGAUUGUUACAUGUUGUACGGAGGAUGCCCCGCCUGAAGUUUCUGAUGUGAUGGCAGAUGGUUUGCACAACUGCACAACAUCCCAGCAGCAGUUUGAUGAUGCUGUGUAUCAUUUGGGGAGGUGCAUGGCGCUUCUUUUGUAUGGCGCGACCCGAAAUGGGGCAAAUAGGAAGAAUAUACCACCUGCACUCAGUCUCCUAAUGAGCAGUAAGCAGGUCAGACAUAUAGAAGGAUGUUGGGUGUUCGCUCUCACAAUGCUGCAGAAGACAUCGGCUAAAGGGUGGGCCCUGACUUCUGUCGCGCCUGUUUUGCUCUCGUCGGGUCUAGACGCUGCAAUUGCAAUACACUUUUUGCCAGAUUAG